AUGAUAAAUUCUUUACUUGAAGAAGAAUCAACAGCUUUUGCCCAGGUAGUCAGAGGAAUAGCAAUUAGUAGUGAUGAUUAUUUAAAAAACGAUAAUAUACCCAAAGUUAAUAAUAAUAAUAAUAAUAAUAAUAAUAACAAUAAUAAUAGUAAUAGUAAUAAUAAUAGUAGUAGUAAUGAUUAUUUUAAUGGAAGAUAUAAUUUAGUUCAUAGUUCUGUAUCAAUACCUUCUUUUGAUAACUUUAAUUUUAACAGUAUAAAUAGUAAUAAUGGUAAUGGUAAUAAUAGUAAUAGUAAUAGUAAUAGUAAUAGUAAUAGUAAUAGUAAUAGUAAUAGUAAUAGUAAUAGUAAUAGUAGAGAUGAAGAGAAUGAAAGAUUAAGAUCAGAAUAUAAGAAAAUCAUUAAAAACAAUACAUCAAAAUUAGAACUCACAAGAUCAAAAUCAAGAAUUCUAGUUAUAAACUCAAAUUCAGGUGAAGAAGAAGAAGAAGAAGAAGAGGUGAAAACUCCAACUGAAGUUGAUUCUGAUAAUAAUAAUAAUAAUAAUGGUAGUAUUAAUAAAACCAAUAAAAAAUUAAAAAAUCAUGGUAAUAUAGUUUUAUCAAAAUCGAAAAGUUUUAUUGAUACAAUUGAUGCUAUGGAAUUAGUUGAAUCUUGUGAUGACUUAUUUAAACAAAAAAAGAUAUUAUUAAAAAUGUUAAUUUCAGAAAACUUUUUUCAAUCGAAUCAAUUAGAUCAAAAGAAAUUAUCAACAUUUAUGAAGAGUGUAGUUGAUAUUGAAUUAAUGGGUGUACCAUCGAAUAUAUUAAGGUCAUCACAAUUUAAAUCACUUUACUUGGAUUAUUAUAGAGAAUUAUUUCAAAAUGCAUUAAAUGUUACAAAUUUAAAACUUGGUGAAAAUAAUAAAGUAUUUGGUGGUGGUAGUGAUAAUAAUAAUAAUCCUUUAGCAAUUUAUCAAAAACCAAUAAAAAAAGAAGGUAGUUUUUUAAUUGAUUCAUCAUUUUUUUCAAAUUUUUAUCAAUAUCAACAAUUACAACAAUACCAAUUUCUACAACAACAGCAACAACAGCAACAACAACAACAAAAAGCAUUACCAAGUUCGACAUUUGGUAAUAUUUUAAGAUAUCAAAGAGAGUUUAAAGAGAUAUCAAAAUUAGGAUCAGGUGGAUUUGGGUCAGUUUAUUUAUCAGAGUAUGUAUUGGAUGGACAUAAAUAUGCAAUAAAGAAAGUGAAUUUCUCAAUAUCAAAUAAUCAAUCACCAACAAAUGCAUCGAGUAAAAUUGAAAAAGUUGUACGUGAAGUUGUAGCAUUAGCAAAAUUAGAUCAUAUUAAUAUUUUAAGAUAUCAUAAUGCUUGGUUAGAAUUGGAUCCAAAAAAUAAUAAACCAAGAUCUUCAAGUUUUAGUUCAGUUGAGGGUAGUUUAGGUACUGGUAAUAAUGAUAAUGAUGAAAGUGAUGAUAGUUUUUUUGAAGAUCAAGAUGAAGAUGAAGAUGAAGAUGAAGAUGAAGAUGAUGUUAGUAAUAGUAAUUUUUCAGAUUCUAUUAAAUUCAAAGGAGGUUUUAAAAAGAGUAGUUGUAGUAAUAAUAGUAUUAGUAGUAAUUUAAAGAAGAAGAGGAAUGAUAAAAAAUAUCCAUUCAAAAGAAAUUUAUCAAUAUCAUUUUCAUUGAAUGAUAGUGUAACCAAUACUAAUUCUCAAGAAUAUUCCAUAAGUGAAUAUUUUGAAAAGUUCAAUCUUACAAAUAAUAGUGAAAGUGAUGAGAGUGAAAUUGAAGAAAGUGAUAGUGAUGAAAUUUAUAGUGAAAGUGAGAGCGAAGAAAGUGAGAGUGAAGAAAGUGAGAGUGAUGAAAGUGAAGAAAGUGAAAGUGAUAGUGAUAAUAUUGAUUUUGAAAAUGAAAAUAUUAAAGAGAUGAUUAAGGCAUUAACAAUUAGUAAAUCAAUGAUUCCUUUUGUUAAACCUAUAAAAAAGAAAAAAGGUAAAAUAUAUAAUCCAAGUAGUGGUAGUGGUGCUAGUAGUGGUAGUGGUAAUAGUAGUAGUAUAGGUGAUAGUGAUAGUAGUGAAGGAAAUAAACCAAAAGGAUUAACUUUAUCAACUAAACAAUUAUCAAAUUCUCAAUUAAUUGGUAUUAAUAAUUUAAAUAAUAAUAAUAAUAAUCGAAAUAAUAAUAAUAAUAAUAAUAAUCGAAAUAAUGAUAAAAAUAGUAAUAGCAAUAAUUUAAGAUUAAAAUAUACAGUAUAUAUUCAAACUCAAUAUUGUGAAGGUAAAACAUUGAGAGAUUUAUUAGAGAAUCCUGAUUUUAAAAAUAAUAGUAAAACUACAAUUUUAUCAUUAUUUAAACAAAUUAUUACAGGUGUUAAUUAUAUUCAUUCUAUGGGUAUGAUUCAUAGGGAUUUAAAACCUGCAAAUUUAUUCCUUUCAAGUGGUGUCAUUAAAAUUGGUGAUUUCGGUUUGGUAAAAGAUAUUACUGCUACCACACCUUCAACAACACCAUUAACUAAUAAUACACCCUCCACUACUCCAAUUGAUACAACUCCAACUUCUUCUGCAAAUACUAUACCAAUUUCAACACCACCAACAUCAACAAUUACACCAACAAUUUCAGUUUCACCAUCUAAACCAUUAUCUUCAUCAUUAUCAUCAACAGCAGCAACAACUCAUUUAAAUUCAUCACUUGGUUGCACGAUUUCUUCUUCUUCUUCAACAACAACAGCAACAGCAACAACAUCUACAACACCAUUCAUGUUUUAUAAUUCAAUUUCAGUGAAUACAGUUGGUGUUGGUACUCUAACUUAUGCAUCACCAGAACAAUUAUCAAAUAAAGGUGUUUUUGGAGGUGGAGGAUAUACUAAUACAUGGUAUACAAAUAAAACUGAUAUUUAUAGUUGUGGAAUUAUAUUAUUUGAAAUGAUUGUAGGUGGAUUUGAAACUCAAUUUGAAAGAACUACUCAUAUUAAGAAUUUAAAGAAUGGAAUUUUACCAAGUUGGUUCACAAGUAAACACCCUGAAGAAUCAAAUUUAAUACUUAGAAUGAUUGAUAUAAAUCCUGAUAAUAGACCAACUAGCGAUCAAAUAUUAUCAGAACUAUUACCAAUAUUAAUUGAAGCUUCUGAACGUGAUAUUGACCAUUUCGAUUAUGAAAAAUUGGAUCAACAAACUUUAAUUUCAAUUAUAAAAAAGAAAGAUUUAGAAAUUGCAUCUUUAAAGAAAUUAUUACAAAAUACUGGAAAUAAUAAUAAAUAA